AUGAAGGCAUCUCUGUCGUGGCUCCUCUACGCCACUGCGGCAUCAGCUUCGUCGCACAAUUCACACCCACACCCUGCCAGAGCAGCGGCGGCCAUCGAUGCCUCCACCAUCCAAGGCAAAUGGCUCUACGGCUACCAGGGCUGGUUCCGUAAACCGGGUGCCGGCGUCAACAACCACUGGUCUGCCGAUGGCAACACCCCAGGACCCAACAACAUUGAGAUCGACUUUAUCCCGGAUGUGAGCCAGUAUCCGGCCAACUGCCUUUUCAACACCGGCCUCACGCUGCCAAACGGCCAGCCCGCCAAGUUCUACGACGCAACCUGUGACGGCGUUGUCGAUCUGCACUUCAAGUGGAUGCAGCAGUACGGCAUUGACGGUGUAAUUGUUCAGAGAUUCCUUGGGUCCAUCAACGAUCAGUCAUUCAUUACUAUCCUCAACCAGGUCAAGGCAGCGGCUGAAAAGUAUGGCCGCGGUUUCAUCGUCGAGUACGACGUCUCCGGCGGCGACUCUUCCCAGGGCAGCGUCGCCAACCAAGUCCUCAACGACUACAACUCCAAGAUCAAGCCCUACACCACGUCGUCGGCCUACAUCCACCAGAACGGAAAGCCCGUCACCAUGGUCUUCGGCAUCGGUUUCCAGGGAAUGAAGACCAGCGCUGCCGACAGCCUCAACAUUGCAAACCAGCUCAAGAACGCCGGCCUGUACGUCGGCUUUGGCGUGCCUGAGCAGUGGGCCGGCGAUGUCAACAGCAACUCUGGCUUCGUCCAGGCUUACAAGGCGGCAGACUUUAUCAGCCCUUGGACUGUUGGUGGUUACUCCGCUGCCGGCUACCAGGGCUUCCACUCUUCUGUCCAAGUCCAAGACUCACAGCUGCUGCAAUCCCUCGGAAAGAAGUACGCCCCCGUCAUCUUCCCCGGAACCUCUGCCUACCACAUCAACGGCGGCACCAACCCGUCUGCAUUCGACUACUUCCCGCGCAACAACGGCUCGUUCUUCUCGGCCCAGGCUGAUGCGCUUACUUCCAUGGCCAUCAAGCCUCUGUUCAUCUUCAACGCCAUGUUUGACGAAGUCAACGAAGGCACCCAGAGCAUGCCCGCGCUCAAGGUCAACCAACUGCCCACCAACCAGAAGUUUGUUGGCGUCGACAACAACUUCCCCGACACCAGCUUCUAUCUGUCGCUGGGUGGUCAGAAGGCAGCCGCUUUCCACGCCGCGGCUCAAUAG